CCAAACGUUUGAAAAAGUAUGAAGACUGUUUUCCUCCUGGUCUUAUGUACAACUACCUUUAGUGCGGGAGAGUCGGCGACAACACCUUCUCCAAUGUCGUGCACUAUGGAUGGAAAUAUAACAUAUACGGGAGUACCAGAUGGGGUUAAGUCGGUGGCAAGUGAUUGUGGGCUUCCUACGCUGAACGUUACUACCCAUACUAUUGUUAUAACAGGCUGUCCGGUGGAUACUGCGGUGACUGUGAACUUGUACAAUACGAUUGUUCCAACUCCUCCUACUCCAACUACACAUCCAUUUAUGAUAGACGGAUCUGGAGCUUUAAACUUAACAUGCACACAAGUCACUAAUGGACAGACGUACACCGUGAAAGUACAAUUUCCAGGAAGUGUUACUCCGACAGUUUUUGCAUCAGAAGAACAAAUUAGCCUGACGAUGUCCCUAACUGACCAUAAUAGCAGCACAUCACCCACUACAGUCGCAUUAGGUCAGACGUACGAUCUGCAUGUUUCCGGUGGAGGUAAAUUUAAUUCUGAAAAAUU